AUGCUUCCUUCAUCUAUUCCACUACAUACUCAGGCGUCAAAUAUUGAGGCCCAGCCUCUUCCUAUUAUUGGAUCUGGCAGUACAUUACCACCACCACCUCCUCCUGCAUGCCGACCAUAUUCUAGUAUGCAAGUUGCAGGUACAUCUGAUGGGUAUGGACAAAUGAUAGGCUCUCAGGGACAUGCUCGUAUCACUACAGCUUCGGGCUUUCCGGGUCUCACAGCUAUCCAGCGUACCAAUCAUUUGCGUCUUGAUCAUGCGAGUCAGUCACUCCCUCAGAACCCCAGAAAAGACAAGAGGCGUGGAAAAGCUGUCCGGCCACCUGGGCUUGGUCGUAGAGAUCGAAUUCCAAGUAUCGAUGACUGUAUCAGCGUAGCUACUGGAGGAAUAGAGGUUGUGACUAUCGAUGUUUUGAUCUAUUUGCCGCUUCCUCCAACAAGCGACAUUAAGUUCUACCAACUUCCGAAGCAGUUAAUCUUUUAUGAAAUUAACAAGGACGCGUACCGUAUGGUGCUUGAUGCCUUGGGCCUAUUUCAUCAAUAUUCGAACCUUCCAACCUCUACUACGGUUUUUGACCUAAUGUCCGAUAUCACGCUCAAGCUCAGGCGUCGAUAUGAUCUUCCAUCGGUUUCCUCCUCAUUACCGCUAGCUCCACAAGAACUUCUUCCUCUGCAAUUGCUAGGAUUUAGUAAUCAUGGUCGAGCCAAUGGAUCAUACAAUACUUCAAAACUUAGGUCUAUGCCCUAUGAGCGAAAUACAACGGUCCAAAAUCUUUUGGCUAGCCAUGGUACAUAUGUCGUUCCCAAGCUAGUUGUGACCCGGGACAAUCAUUUUCAGCUUCACACUCUUAUUCGGAACCACCCACUUGAAACCAACGUUAGCUUAGCUCAAGCAUAUUUGGGAUCAGACGAUACAGUUCGCAUUCAUCGCUGUUUAUCCAUCCGUAUAUAUAGCAUGUUCCGCAAUGACUCAGAUGCAAAUCUCAACAUCCAUGCCCUGGAUGAAGAGGAACUAGAAGAGUCAUGUCAGCUAGAUACUGAGAACAGCGAUGAGGAGGCAAAUAUUCCAUUAUAUUUGCUAGAAAUUUGUGCCCUGAUUUUUGUGCUUUAG